GAUGAAGCGGAUCAAGGCGUGGCCGGCAAGCACGCACGCACGCACGCGCCAGAGUCCCCACGGCACACUGACACUCGGAUAUGGGUGUGGCUGUUUGGCGACGCACCAAGUACCUGACUUAGGCCGGGACGGGUUGGUAUACCAAGGUACCAUACCAUGGAUGCUCUCCCUACCCGCCGCGCAGCAGCGCCACCCUCAUCGUGGAUAUCAAGGCGACGACACCCACACACUCCCUGCGCUGCGCCAUGUCCUGCCUGCCAGCCAGCAUUGCCUCUCGAGUCAAACCGUCCAUUGACCACCAGCGAGUUCCUUCAGCAUGCGGUUCGAAGCUGCCGGUCUCCUGGCCGCGGCCAGCGUCGCCCUCGCCGGCAAAUGCCAGCCCCAUUCUACCACGACGGGAUGGGAGACUCGCUACACGGCCACAGGCACCAAGGAGGUUGCCGCUGCCGCCGCCACAGCCAAGACGAGCAGCCCGACCAGCCACGUCAAGGGCAAGGCGUUUGACCGUUUUGUCGUCAUCUACUUUGAGAACGAGAACUACGACAAGGCGUUCGGUGACCCCAACUUCACGUGGUUCACCAAGAAGGGCAUCACGCUGUCCAACUACUUUGCCGUCACGCACCCGUCCCAGCCCAACUACAUGGCGUCCAUUGCCGGUGACUAUUUUGGCAUGCAGAAUGAUGACUUUGACCGCUCGCCCCUGAACGUGUCGACCGUCAUUGACCUGCUCGAGAGCAAGGACAUCUCCUGGGCACAUUACCAGGAGGACAUGCCCUACUCGGGAUUCGAGGGCAUGGGAUUCCGCAACCAGAAGAAUGGCGCCAACGACUAUGUGCGCAAGCACAACCCCGCCGUGAUGCACGACAGCGUCGCGCACUCGGAGCAGCGCCUGUCGCAGAUCAAGAACCUGUCCAUGAUCGACACGUCGCGCUCCAUGUUCCACAAGGACCUCAAGGAGAACAAGCUGCCCCAGUGGAUGUUCAUCACCCCCAAUAUGACCUCGGACGGCCACGACACCGAUGUCACCACGGCCGGCGCCUGGUGCCGCAAGUUCCUGGAGCCCCUUCUCGAGGACCGGAACUUCAUGCAAAACACGCUCGUGCUCGUCACUUGGGACGAGAACGAGAGCUACGCGACGCGCAACAACAUCCUGGGUAUCCUCCUGGGUGACGCCGUCCCCAAGCACCUCGUCGGCACCGAGGACAAGAACUUUUACAACCACUACUCGGAGAUUGCCUCCGUGUCCGCCAACUGGGACCUGCCCACGCUCGGCCGCUGGGACGUGGGCGCCAACGUCUACGACGUGGUCGCCGCCAAGACGGGCGACAAGCUGCGCAAAUGGUCGUCGGAGCAGGAGCUCCAGGGCAUGUACUACAACUACUCGUACGCCGGCUUCUUCAACGAGAAGGGCGGCAACAGCCGCUUCCCCGCCCCGAACCUGAAGCUCGACAAGAGCUUCCACGGCCGUCCCAUUCUCGAGUCCGUCAAGAAGACCUGGGCAAACAGCAAGGCGCCGACCUACUACGCGGACACGAUCGAGGUGCCCGACGGCAUUCACCCUCCCAAGGGCUACGAGCCCGAGUAAGUUGGGAUGCCACUGUACAUUCGAUGGUGCUUUGCUUGGAGGAGAUGGGCCAUGGGCCCUCGCUAUUACAGCGACCAGCACAACACAGUACAUGAUAGUACAAGCCAGCGAAGGGAGGGCGGCCAUGUUUGGCGCAGGGGCCACGGGGCGUCUUGCCCAGGACCCCGCCACGCGGGGCCGUGCCCAUAUCUUUUUUUACUCUUAGAUACUACAUAUCGGCCGUAUAUGUCGGACUGCAUUUCUCGGUUCAGACGGCAUGGAAAUAAAGUGGAAUACAUAGCCGAAGAAGAUUCUGUUUCGAGAAGCCACGUCGCAGACAUGAUACAGGGACGCGCGCGACACGAGUGCGAGGCACGGGCCAGAGUAGAGGGCUGAAAUCGGCG